AUGGACACCAUCAGGCCGAAAAAGGAAAUUCCAUUGAACAUAUUAACCUUAUACAAAAUAAUAAUUUCUCUUAUUCAGCUCAGUGAGAAAUAUGGUGAUGUAUUUACCAUCUAUCUGGGGUCCCGUCUGAUCGUUGUAGUCACUGGAUACAACCUAGUAAAAGAAAUCUAUUUGGACAAAGGGGAUGACUAUCUAAAUCGGGGGGAAAUGCCGGCCUGGAAACCUUUCUUCAAGAAUUAUGGCUUGAUUUAUACCACCAAUUUGGAGAGGUGGAGGGAGCUCCGUCGGUUUUCUCUCCUCACUUUGCGGGAUUUUGGAUUAGGGAAAAGGAACACUGAAGAUCGCAUCCAGGAGGAGACUCGCUGCCUGGUGGCAGAACUAAAGAAAACUGAAGGAUCAUUCUGUGACCCUCGGCACUGUCUCAGCAGAGCUGUUUGCAAUGUUAUCUUCACCAUCAUGUUUGGAAAUCGUCAUGAAUAUGGGGAAAAGGACAUAGACACUGUUUUGUCUUAUAUAUAUGAAACAUUUGUGAUGGUCAGCUCGGCCUGGGGACAGGUGUAUGAGAUGUUUCCUGGACUGAUGAGAUUUAUUCCUGGGCAUCAUCACAAGAUAACUCAUCUACUAAAGAAGCUUGGCCAAUAUGUAGAUAAUAGAGUACAAAUUAAUCUGAAAACUUUGGAUCCUAAUAACCCAAGAGAUUAUGUAGAUGCUUUCCUCAUUAAAAUGGAAAAGGAGAAAAAUAACCCAGACAGCGAAUUCAACAUGGAGAACUUAUUGGCUUGUACCUUACAGAUCUUCUUUGCUGGGGUGGAGACCGUCAGCACAACACUGAAUUACUCUUUCUUAAUUCUCUUGAAAUAUCCAGAAGUUCUUGCCAAAGUUCAGAAGGAAAUUGACCACAUCAUUGGCAGAAAUCGCAAUCCGAUGGUACAAGACAGGAAAAACAUGCCUUACACGGAAGCAAUGAUCCAUGAAAUGCAAAGAUUCACAGACCUGGUCCCAAUGGGUGUACCAAGGAGAACAAUAAGAGAAGUGAAGCUAAAAGGAUACACACUACCAAAGGAUACUGAUGUUCUCCCAAUGCUGACAUCUGUGCUGAAAGAUCCAUCCUGUUUUAAGUACCCAACAGAGUUCAAGCCUGAAAAUUUUCUCAACGAGAAAGGAGAGUUUCAGAAGAAUAAUGCCUUCAUGCCUCUAUCUGCAGGAAAGAGAAUCUGCCUCGGAGAGCCCCUAGUACGAAUGGAACUGUUCCUCUUCCUUACCACCGUACUGCAAAAUUUUAACCUGAAGUCCCCUGUGCCACGGGAAGAACUGGACAUUACGCCAAAUGUAUCUGGACUGGGAAACUUUCCCAAACCGUACAAAAUUGCUUUUAUUUCUCGUUAAUUGUUAAACUGGUCUCAGAACGUUCAGGUUAUCUGCCUUAACUUAUUUUGGGGUGCAGGUAAAGAGUGUAGUUAGUCAUAUUAUUUGUUUUGUUAUUACUUGUCACAUUUAUGGUACUUAUAAUGUGUGUGCGUAUAUAAUAUAUACUGUAUGCAUAGAAAAGUGGGGUGCACACACCAGAUUAGUGUUAAAGCAAUUUACUGUAAUAAGUUUAUCAGAGCAUCAUAAAUAUCUCAUGUUUCAGUCCUCCCCAAGGACCUUUGGGAAUUUUACUUCUCUUAAUUACUGGUAACCACUUCCACCGAUUAUCACACAUUAUCCCUGCACAAAUAUCCAGUGGUAGUGUAAAUACAUCAAACACGCACAAAGUAUAUACAAAUUAGAGAUGUUCAU